AUGACAAAUGAGAUACUUGAUUUGGUUAACUGGGAAGUUGAUGUAAUAAUUCGCAUCUUGUUCAAGAAUGAACCUGGCCACCAAGCCUUCGUUGGUUCAGACAAAGUUCGAAGGACCCCACCCAAGCAAAUAGGCUCAUUCGAUUACUCGUCAGUUGCAUUUCUACCAGCGUGCUCAGAAAAGCGAUCAUUUGAAAAUCUGUGGAGCCUCACCAUGGCAGCUGUUUAUCUAACCUUCUGUUUCCACAUUGGUGGAUAUCCAAUGAAAUGGUGCAGGGAAACAGAUCUGUUCUUCGAGCUACCAUCUGCCAGUAAACGGCCAGACUGCAUCCCAGCAAGUUGGCUUGCCUCCUGUCUUCUCUACCACUUGCAAACUAUUGGCAUUAAUUCGUUUUCAGUAACUGAACUGGCAGGCAAGGAAAAAUUUGAUGAGGGUCGUUCUCGUAACCAUAUAGGUGAUGGAUAA